UGGCAACGUUACGUCAAUGUUAAAAGUUACGAGCCGUGUCUUGUCGCAGCCAUUGUCCUAAAUUUGCUUAUUUGUGCGGUGAAAAGAUCCCGUUUUUCUCCUUUUUUUUGAGUUUCGGAAACGGAAGUGCGAACCGUACCGGUGCCAGCGGGAACGCAAAGUAAAUCAACCAGAAUAUCGUAAAGGAAACAGAAAGCAAAUAACCAAACAUGAAUCCAGAAUAUGAUUAUUUAUUUAAACUGUUGCUGAUUGGAGAUUCCGGUGUAGGAAAAUCGUGUCUACUGCUCAGAUUUGCUGAUGACACCUAUACAGAAAGUUAUAUCAGUACCAUUGGAGUGGAUUUUAAAAUCAGAACGAUUGAUUUAGAUGGUAAAACAAUUAAAUUGCAAAUUUGGGACACCGCAGGGCAGGAAAGGUUUAGGACCAUCACGUCGAGCUACUACCGCGGCGCACACGGCAUCAUUGUAGUGUACGAUUGCACGGACCAGGAUUCCUUCAACAACGUGAAACAGUGGCUGGAGGAAAUCGACCGUUAUGCUUGUGAUAAUGUCAACAAACUGCUCGUCGGCAACAAGAGCGACCUCACGACCAAGAAAGUAGUCGACUACGCAACGGCCAAGGAAUACGCCGAUCAGCUGGCCAUACCAUUCUUGGAGACUUCGGCGAAGAACGCAUCGAACGUAGAGCAGGCCUUUAUGACCAUGGCGGCGGAGAUCAAGAACCGCGUGGGGCCACCGUCAUCCGCCGCAGAUCAGGCUAGCAAGGUCAAGAUCGAUCAGGGUCGUCCCAUCGAGUCCACCAAGUCCGGCUGCUGCUGAAGAAAAACCACCGUCUCCGCCACCGCCCACUCUCCUCCCCCUCUUUUGAACCAAGUUACAUUUUCUCAAAAAAGGUGUAUGGUGCAGCUCAUGGCAUGGACAUUAUUUUAUACCUACAUCUAGGACGGCUACCAUAAUUAUAUAUCUAAUAAUAAUAUAAAUAUAUAUAUAGUAAUCUUGUCUUACUAUAUAUGCAUAUAUAUAUAUAUAGAAAACAUAUAUACGUUUUGAAAAUCAUCGAUAAUUCGUUGCAUUCGAAGUUUCCUUCACAUUGCUCCAAUUUUUAUUUUGCAAAUAUUCUUUUGGGCUUCUACUCUACUCCCAUUUUACUUUCCACGGAUAGAUUGGAUGAAGGAUUUUUAAAAGGAAAUAGCAACAAUUUACAUUAUAAUACGUAGCCUAAUUAUUAAACAAUAUAUUUCUUUACUGAUUUCUCUUAAUUAA